CGGUAGCUCUGUAUUCAGUGAAUAUAGUUAAACCAAAUGGUAAAAGUUAGGACCACUCGUGGUGGAUGGAGAGGCCGUUGGAAGGAAAGUAGCUACCAGCCCGACAUUAUAUGAUCAUAUACCUAAGGAAAAUUCUUUUGUGCUAUAUGUUCUCGUGCUGCCUAGACUUGCAAUCGAACAGAGCUACUGAGGUUGGAAAGUGCAAGAGUAGCUUGAGGCUUUUUGUUUUAGCAGGAAGAAGAAAUAGUGUGAGAGAUAGGUAGACGAAAUGGUGGGCUCGGCAGGAGGGGACAGCAGGAGCAAGGAUGCAAUAGGGAUGAUGGCUCUUCAUGAGGCUCUCAGGAACGUCUGCCUCAACUCGGAUUGGACUUACUCUGUUUUCUGGACUAUACGCCCUCGCCCGAGGAGCAGGGGUGUCAAUGUCUGCAAGGUGGUGGGAGACGACAAUGGCACCCUGAUGUUGAUGUGGGAGGAUGGAUUUUGCCGGACAAGCACAGCAGAGUGCAUGGAAGAGGAGGACACUGUGAGGAAGGUCUUCAGCAAGAUGUCGAUUCAACUAUAUAACUACGGAGAAGGCUUGAUGGGGAAGGUUGCUUCUGAUAAGUGUCACAAAUGGGUGUUCAAGGAACCUUCGGAUCAAUGUGAGGCAAGCAUCAGCAACUACUGGCAGAGCUCCUUUGAUUCUCUUCCUCCCGAAUGGACUGAUCAAUUUGCCUCUGGCAUUCAGACUAUAGCUGUGAUUCAAGCAGGCCAUGGCCUCCUCCAACUUGGUUCCUGCAAGAUAAUAGCAGAAGAUCUGCAUUUCGUGUUGAGAAUGAGGCAUAUGUUUGAAUCACUGGGGCACCAAUCCGGCUUCUUCCUCUCUCAGCUCUUCUCCUCGAGGAACAGCAGCACCGCUUCCUCUGUUCCAUUCAAGCAUACGCCCGCUCCGAAUCCACCAUUGCUCUACAACUGGAACCAUUAUGCCUCUUUGAAUUCUUCCUCAAUUUACCAGCCUUCUCCCCAUGGCGGAUCUCCGAACAACAAGGACGUCACCCUCCUCUUCCUCCCUCGCGCCUCAGGAGCUCAACUGGAAGAGCCGGAGCCGGACGUACGCUGGCCCAAUGGCCUCUCCUUCUUUUCCGCUCUCACAGGAACGGCCGACGACGCCAAGCUUUUGUUCAACUCCGAGGUGAUGGGAGAGAAGAUAGAUGCGCAUCAGCAUUCUCCAGCGAACCUUUAUGGCAAUGGUGACGAGGUGAAGGGUGUUCUGGACGCUUCGAGUAUCCAUGGAAACGGAGGUGAUGCCGUGCUUGGUGUGGAUAAUACAGAGGAGGACUUUUUGAGUUUGGAGAGCCACUCCGGCAAGGCUGCAGGACUAGGAAGAUGGAGAAUUACAUGAACUAGUUUGCUGUUCUGAGAUUGUUUUGUCUCAGGUUAGAAUUAAGCCAUCGUAAUUAGUUUGAAUAAUUUCUGUUGCUUGUCGUUGUACAUUUUGAUGCAUGAUAAUAAAAUGUGGCUGGCUCUUAUAAUCAUUA